AUGUCCUCGCUCCACUUCUGCGCGGAGUGCAACAACCUCCUCUACCCGGAAGUAGACCGUACGAACCACGUCCUCCUCUACGCAUGUCGCAACUGCAACUACCAACAAGAGUCGCGCGAAUCCUUGGUCUACCGAAACGAUCUGAUGUCCGUAACAAAGGAACAGCCGGGUAUCGUCGACAACCUGAUGAAGGACCCGACGUUGAGGCGGACGCACGACCUGCACUGUCCCAGCUGUGGGCAUGGCGAAGCGGUGCUCUUCCAGGACCAGAGCAAGAGGAUUAUGAACAGGAUGAUCCUGUUCUACGUGUGUUGUAGGUGCAAUCAUCUUUUCAGGGAUCCGGUGCAGUCGGCGCCCAGCGUAGGCCCGGGACAGGUGUGGAACGAUAGGAAGAAGAAGUAG